AUGGGAACCAGUACAUCAGUAACUGUUGGCUGUGCUAUAGGUAUUCCAUGUGCUGUAGCAGUGGUACUCGCCUUGGCAUUUUGGAUAAAAAUGCAAGAAAGAUUUAAAAAGGAAUUACGAGAAGAUGAUGGUCAUAGUCUGAAUGGUGAUUUAGUGAUAUCAAAUAUAAAUGAUCUGAAAGAAUAUUAUAACAAUAAUAAUAAUAGCACACAACAAAUGCUAGAUGACACAGAUGACCAUAAAACAGAUUCUAUUAUUAAGCCAAAUAAUACACUGAAAAGAUCAUCUUCCUCUAGAUAUGUCCCCGCGUAUAGAAGAAAUAUGGUCAAAAACAUGUAUGAGCAAUACUAUCCCACUAAUUUUAAUAGCAAUGAAGAACUCAAACUCGGAAACCAUACUGAUAAUAGUACAGAAAAUAUAAAUAAUGCUGAGAACAAGAAUAAUCCCCCUGAAAAUAACAAACAGCAUAUGAUCAUGAAUAACUCAAUCUUAUAUGAUACAUAUGUUCCAAUAUUCAAAGAUACAGACAAAGAUUCUAUUGCCCUAGAUACACUCUCAAAAGAUCCGGAACAACAGCAUCACACCUCACAACUUACAACUCCUUAUACUUCUACGGAAAACAUGUUAGUUCGGAAUUUAAACAGCCAAGAUUAUGGAAACUACUAUCCAAGACACCCAUCUACCUCAUCACACAAUCUACAAAAAGUUGGGUCUUAUCCAUCUUUAAAAGAUUCCUCGUCAAUAACACGACAUAACAGCUAUAAGAUGCAGACGAAAUCUAGUAUACGUAAUUUGAAAAAACAUGAUGAUAAUGUCUCUUCUACAACAUAUUUGGUCCCAGAUCAUACUUCUGGUAGCAACUCGUCCAAAAUACGUGAUAAUUUUAACGAUAAGAGGGAAAGCAUUUUUGAUGAUGAAAACCAAAUAUCCGAUAAUCUUUCGAUCCAAUCCUCACUGAGAGAAAAUAGUAAUCCGGUUAUAGGACCCGUUGGAGAUCAUAACAUUGAGCAAGCUUCCACAAUAGAGGAAGAAGAUCAGUAUGAAAAUGAUUACACGAAUUAUUCACAGAAUAAAAAGGACUUCAUCGAUAGCUUGAGACCCAAAAUAUAA